AUGAAGAAUUGCUUGUCUCGCAUACCCAAAGGGUUUGAUGCCAACGCUGUCCUGACCAAAAAAUUCCAUGUCCCCAUGGCGACAAGUAGUAAUGGCAAUGCAUCUUUCGUGGCUGAUUCAUUUGGUGCACGUCGAACACUCGGUAUGCGACGACGACCGGGCUCAAUGAACCGAUUACUUUACGAUCCCAAUGCUGAAGACGUGAUUGUAUUGUGGGAUCCUAAAGAGGAAGAAGAAGCAGCAGCUGCCGCCGCCGCCGCAGCAGCAGCAGCAUCAUCAUCAGCAACAACAAAUGAAAAUAACGAACAACAGCCGCCGGUCAAAGUAGAACACAAACAACCAGAAAAAUUACGACCAGGCAAAAAGUCUAUAUCAGAGAUAUUGGGACUCAAGAAAGAAGAGAGCAAAAAAGCCCCUGUGAUGCUCGAUCCAGUGUUGACAAGAAUUCUGCGACCGCAUCAAUUGGAAGGUUUAAAAUUCCUGUAUCGCUGCACGACUGGAAAAGUCCAGUCAGAUGCAUUUGGUUGCAUCAUGGCAGAUGAAAUGGGUCUUGGUAAAACACUUCAAUGUAUCUCCUUGGUAUGGACACUGCUACGACAAUCAGGCGAGAUGGGCAAGUCUACGAUCCAAAAGGCUAUUAUUACAUGUCCUUCAAGUCUUGUCCGUAACUGGGCCAAUGAAUUCACCAAAUGGCUGGGUGAAAAUCGGGUCAGACCGCUUGUCAUUGACAAUGCUGGCAGUAAAGAAAAAAUCAUCACUGUCAAGCGAUGGGCUGCUGCACAAGGACAAAUUGUCAAUCCAGUACUGAUCAUAUCCUACGAGACUCUACGAUCAUAUACCAAAUACCUAAAGAACUCUCCAAUUGGAUUACUUCUCUGUGACGAAGGUCAUCGUUUAAAGAACGGAUCAUCUUUACUGUUCCAAGAAUUAAACAGCUUACCAGUACGACGGCGUGUCAUUCUGUCAGGCACCCCGAUCCAAAAUGAUCUAAGCGAAUAUUAUUCCUUACUCGACUUUGCAAAUCCUGGCUUGUUAGGAACACCGAAUGAAUUUCGUCGCAACUUUGAGAAUCCUAUCCUACGUGGUCGUGAUGCGGAUGCUUCUGAAAAGGAACGUCAGCUCAGUGAUGACAAGGUGGCCGAGUUCUGGUCUAUUGUUUCCAAAUUUACGAUUCGUCGAACAAACGAUAUCCUCACCAAAUAUCUUCCCACAAAAUAUGAACACGUCGUCUUUUGUAAACUUGCGCCAUUGCAGUUGGAUCUGUACAAUGUGUUUCGCACUUCGCCUGAAAUCAAAAAAUUGCUUCGAGGGCAAGGAAGUCAACCACUAAAGGCCAUCACGAUGCUCAAGAAGCUGUGUAAUCACCCAGGAUUAUUAAAAUUACCGGAAGAACUUGAAGGAUCCGAAGACGUACUCCCAGAUGAUUAUCAUGGCACGGGUCGACAUGCUACAGUGAAUCCGGCCUUUUCUGGUAAAUUCAUGGUAUUACAACGCAUGCUGGCCAAGAUCAGCCGUGAAACACAAGACAAGAUUGUCAUUGUCAGCAAUUAUACACAAACACUUGACCUUAUCCAAACUUACUGCCGACAAAAUAAGUACGGUGUGCUUCGACUAGAUGGUACCAUGACAAUCCCAAAGCGUCAAAAACUGGUUGAUCGUUUCAAUGAUCCGGAAGCAGAGGAGUUCGUGUUCCUUCUCAGUAGCAAAGCAGGUGGUUGUGGUCUAAAUCUCAUUGGCGCAAACCGACUCAUUCUCUUUGACCCUGACUGGAAUCCUGCUGCCGAUCAACAAGCCUUGGCUCGUAUUUGGCGUGACGGACAGAAGAAGGAUUGCUUCAUCUAUCGAUUCAUUGGCGCUGGCACUAUCGAGGAAAAGAUCUUCCAACGACAAUCCCAUAAACAAUCGAUUUCCAACUGUGUUGUAGACGAAGCAACAGACACGGAACGUCACUUUUCUCUUGCGGAUAUGAGGCAACUCUUCCAGCUGAAUACCGAGAGUGAAUGCGAGACGCACGAUACAUUCAAAUGUAAGCGCUGUAUUCAAGGAAAACAGUAUCGUAAAGCUGAGGCUAUGCAAUACGGUGAUGCAAGCAGCUGGGACCACUAUGACAAGGAUCUAUUGCGACUUCCUGACCCAAUGUUACGAGAAGAAGCUGGAAAGGGCGUGGUUUCCUAUGUAUUUGAGUUUAUAUCGCACAUGAAAUGA